AUGUCAAUACUUACAGUCCUUAAAAAGGUGGAUCUUUUGACAGUCGAUUCUGGCCCUCCUCUAUUCGGUUUUGCGAUUGAGAUUUUUUCUCUUCCAUCAACUUUUAUUCUAAGUUCUUUCAGCUACAAUUCUUUAACUCUUCUAUUUCUAUUGUAUAUAGCCAUUACCACCUUUCUAUUCUUUCUUCCCUCCUUUCUAUUCUUUCCUUCCCUCCUUUCUGUUAUUUCCUUCCCUCCUUUCUCAUCGUCUUUCUUCCUUCUCAUCGUCUUCCCUCUUUCCUACAGUUACAUUCAUGUUAUGCUCCACUCCUUCACAUCCAAACGUGCCAACUUCUACCCCACAGACGCCUUUGACUUGAAUUCUCCAUGUUACUGGCGUCUAAUGAUUUUGCAGCCUGCUAGGUCACGUGCCCCAGUUUCAUCUUCCAUCUCAACCACCAUCAUCAACACAAGCGCAGUGUGCAGGUCACUUAUUUUCCUAUCCAUGUCCAAACCGUUCCAGGGCCUAACGUUCUGCUGCACCGGCAUCCAGUCGUCCCAGCGUCACGAAGUGGCUGACAAGAUCGUGGCGUUGGGUGGAACCCACUACACAGAUCUCAUGAGUCUGGUAACGUAUUUGGUAGUCGGGUCUCGCAACACAGAAAAGUACCGUUACUCGGUGCGUUACCGCCACGACGUGACAUUUCUCUCUGUCUCCACCAUUCUUGAUGCCCACGCUCGCUGGACAGCCGGAGACGACGUUUCGGCGGCUUUGCUUCGCGUGCAGCUACCUCUCUUUUCUUCCUUUGUCGUAUGCGUGGCUCGCGUGGACCGGCCGUCCUCUGAAGAAGUGCUGCGCUUGUUUGGUGAGCGGUUCCGCACGCCGCCCCGCGACGCAAUCCCUCCACAUGCCUUGAAAGACGCGUUCCUGGCGCAAGACAUUGUUCUGGUUUUGGCCCACCAUGGCGCCAAGGUCAGCUCCACACUAACGCCCGCGUGCAAUGUGAUUGUGGGCACAGACGCGGCCGGUCGCCGCUUCACCAUGGCGCAGCAAUGGGGGAUCCCGGCAGUACACCCUCUUUGGAUCUACGAUUCGUGUUUGCGCGGGGCUGCACUCGAUCUCGAUGACUACAGAGUCAGCACGAGUGGCACCAACCUCUACAACAACGCCUCUUUUGUGUGGAAAAAGCUAUAUGCUUUGCGUGUGCAGCGGGCUGCACAAACCGCACCGGACGAUGAGCCUCAGAGAAUCGAUAAGACUGCUCUUAAAAAGUCCUCGCAUAUUUGGUCUUCCAUCAUGGACCGCACGCGAUCGCACACAGCGCGUCUUGUGCGUGACAGCACCUGGGACGAUGCCUCCGAAGAUGAAGAAGAGACUCCGGUUUUGUUGAACUCAUCAAAGACCAAAGCUGGAACACUGUCAAGCGCUACGAUAAAGGAGGCAGCUACAAGCACACUUUUUCUUGGACUCAAAUUUCUUGCCGUUGGGUUUUCCAUUCCACAACAGAAGGUACUUCAGCGUGUAGUGGACUCGCACCAAGGUGAGAUUGCUGAAGGCGCAGAUGAUGAAACUAUUACUCACAUACUUCUCUUGGUACGCAAUGGCCCACAGGCAAACUUAAUGCUUCUGAUGCUCCCUAGCGCCAUGAAGCGACGCAUUAACUCCAAAGAAGUAGCGGUGGUGACGGAUUGGUUUAUUGAACGCAGUAUUUUCUACAACAGAAUCUGUCUUGAUUCUUGGUGCAAGCCGCUUCAGGGAUUAGUGCCUCUGGCCACGCGUUACAAAGUUUGCAUUUCAGGUUUUACAGGUGUUGAACUUCUUCAUAUUGAAAAGCUAAUCGGCUACCUCAACCUUGAGUUUUGCGAUGUUCUCAAUGCUAACCGCGAUCUCCUUAUCAUUAAUAUCAACUUGUUCAAACCAGCAUUCAUUAAGAACAGUCCAAAGCUUUUUGAGUACAAACAUAAAGAUAUUUUGCAUUGUCCCGUCUAUCAAAAUGGCGAUGACUCGAAGUCUGUAUCUAUGAUCUCAGCCAAGAAUAAGAUCAGUGCAGCAAAAAAAUGGGGCAUUCCAAUCGUUUCGGUUGCGUACCUCUGGGAGAUGAUUGAACGGCUGACAAACAAAGCCAAUCUUCAGGUGCCUGACAUUUUAGAUUUAUCGUGGUGCAUAUUCGCCCCACAAACUAUGGCACGUCCUACUACGUUGUUGGACUAUGUUCGCAAAAUGAGCAAUAAUUUUCUGACACAAACGCCUUCCGAAGGAACUGAAGAGAUGCAAGUUCAAUUACCUUCACCACGGAAGGCAAAGAACAAACUCAAGUAUGGUCGCUUGGCCGGAGGUGGGGAAUCAUUGACCGAGAAGUUAAAGAAAGCUCGCGAGGACAACGAAGAUACACUACAGAAAGGACCCGAUGAUACCCAUGACAGCGAUGACAUGCCAACGCAGGUGGGUUACGAAAACCAGGAUUCACUUCAUGAUAAACAAGAGUUGAUGAGGAAACUCGAAGGGCCGGAGCGUGCAACCAAAAGAAGACGCAAGGUUACGUAA